UGUCACAUGACGCGCUUCUCUGCCCAUCCCACCCCCGCCGCUAUCACGUGGGCCGUGCCGGCGCGCGCUGCGCACCCCUGCCGGCCCCCUUUGACGCGCGGUGGAGGGGUAGGAGCCCAACGGCCGUAACGGUCCUAGCGGACCAGCGGUCCCGGCGCUGGCGGGGCACCUCGGAGGCAGCGGGAGCGCCCAGCCCGCCGGGGGAUGUGGCAGUGGCCGGCAUUGUUAUCUUACUUGUAGAAACGUCAUGACACACAGCAGCAUCAUGGUGGAUGUAGGCAAGUGGCCAAUAUUUACCUUACUAUCUCCUCAAGAAAUAGCAUCUAUUCGGAAGGCAUGUGUAUUUGGUACCUCAGCCAAUGAAGCUAUAUACAUAACGCACAAUGACGAGGUAUUUGUUUUUGGACUGAAUUGCAGUAAUUGUUUGGGAACAGGAGAUAAUCAGAGCACAAUAGUACCAAAGAAAUUAGAAGCCUUAUGUGGAAAGAAGAUUUCCAGUCUCAGUUAUGGAAGCGGACCCCAUGUUGUACUUUGCACUGAAGAUGGUGAAGUGUAUGCUUGGGGACAUAAUGGUUACAGCCAGCUUGGGAAUGGCACAACCAAUCAGGGCAUUACUCCUGUUCAAGUUUGCACAAAUCUGUUAAUAAAGAAAGUGGUGGAAGUAGCUUGUGGUUCUCAUCAUUCCAUGGCACUGUCGUUUGAUGGGGAUCUGUACGCUUGGGGCUAUAAUAACUGUGGCCAAGUUGGCUCUGGAUCUACAGCAAACCAGCCAACUCCUCGCAGAGUUUCAAACUGUUUACAGGGUAAAAUGGUAGUUGGCAUUGCUUGUGGUCAGACCUCCUCCAUGGCUGUAGUAAACAAUGGUGAGGUUUAUGGCUGGGGUUACAAUGGCAAUGGUCAGCUAGGUCUUGGAAACAACGGCAAUCAACUAACGCCAUGCAGAGUGGCAGCGUUACAUGGAGUGUGUAUACUCCAGAUUGCCUGUGGCUAUGCGCACACACUAGCACUAACAGAUGAGGGUUUGCUCUAUGCCUGGGGAGCUAACACUUAUGGGCAGCUGGGAACUGGCAAUAAAAGUAACCAGCUAAGCCCGGUGCAGAUCAUGAUGGAAAAAGAAAGGGUUGUGGAGAUUGCAGCCUGCCACUCUGCUCACACGUCUGCUGCCAAGACCCAGAGCGGCCAGGUGUACAUGUGGGGCCAAUGCCGUGGGCAGUCAGUGAUCCUUCCCCACCUCACUCACUUUGCCUGCACUGACGAUGUGUUUGCUUGCUUUGCUACCCCUGCUGUUAUGUGGCGUCUUCUGUCAGUAGAGCAUGAAGACUUUUUAACAGUAGCAGAGUCUCUGAAGAAAGAGUUUGACAGCCCAGAAACCUCAGACCUGAAGUUCCGUGUGGAUGGAAAGUACAUCCACGUCCACAAAGCUGUUCUGAAAAUCAGGUGUGAACACUUCAGAACCAUGUUCCAGUCAUACUGGAAUGAGGAUAUGAAGGAAGUGAUAGAAAUAGACCAGUUUUCUUAUCCUGUGUAUCGUGCCUUUCUUGAGUACUUGUAUACAGACAGUGUUGACCUUCCGCCUGAAGAUGCAAUAGGGCUUUUGGAUUUGGCUACUUCGUACUGUGAAAAUAGACUGAAAAAACUGUGUCAGCACAUUAUCAAGAGAGGAAUUACUGUGGAAAAUGCAUUUUCAUUGCUCUCUGCUGCUGUCAGAUAUGAUGCAGAGGACUUAGAGGAAUUCUGCUUUAAGUUUUGUGUCAAUCAUUUGACGGAAGUGACACAAACUACAGCAUUUUGGCAAAUGGAUGGUCCCCUGCUAAAGGAGUUCAUUGCUAAAGCCAGUAAAUGUGGAGCCUUUAAGAACUGAAAUGAGGCUGUAAGUUACAUGUGUCUGUAGGGUUUUUUGCAGUUGUAACAGGAUGUCGUAACUGUCCGGGUGGAAGCGAGCGUUACCUGUUCUCUUGUACCAGAAAGGCCACAGGGAAAACAAAUGUUUCCAGUGCUCAGGAGCGAACUGUUCUAAAACCAUCAAGCAAAAUAUUCGCUUGCAUUUAGCAAACCUGGAUGGUGGAGCCAGCCCAAGAUCCCAGACAGAGAGAGGAAAGGCUGCAGGGUGCAACGGACGCCAGCCGGUGUUAAGGACUCGCCUUUUUAGCCUAGGAAUUCUCAGAUCUAGCACCACUUGUUAAUGAUUUCAAUGUACUUCCUGAGGUUGGAGAAUAGUCUGACCUGAGCCACUGAAUGAUGUCACUUAAAUCACUAACUCCCUGGGAUUACAGAGGAGCAAAUGGCGUGGAUAUCUCUUACUGCAUCUGUGUGACUGUGAAUGAAUUUGCCAUUUGCUGUGUCUAAUUAACCAAGUGUAUUCGGUGCUUAGAAAAGUGCAAAAAUACUAUAUCCUCAAAGCCUGCGCAAGUGACGUGGAAGAAAGGGGUAGCUAGCAAAUCUGAUUGGAAGUAAAUCUCUAUAUUUGGGUAUUCCUUAAUAAAAGUUGUAGCAUGUACUUUGUGUAAUCUGUUCAAGCGAUAGUUGUAAUGGUUAAUGAUUAAAAAUUCCAUCUGCAGUGACUUCAGAUUACGCUGGUUCCCCUGGAGGGGCAGGGAAAGUGGGGGUUUUGCAUUUAAGUGUUGUAUAAAUUUAAACUCUAUGUAAUAAAAUUUACUCUUUUUUU